AUGCCAAGAACGUCAUGGCUUGCUAGCCAGCUCUAUCGUGAAUCACGAUUCGUGAACGCAGUUUUCCAGAAGUCCCAGCAAGAUUCCAGCCCUGAGAAGCAGUCUAGGAUGGUCCCAUCUCUGUCCGAAACUCGGUGGGAUUGUCAGUUCCGUGCUUCGGAUACUUUGUUUGAGACCACGCCCGCUAUAUUCGAGACGCUCGAGGACCUCGAGUCGAGGUUUUCGAGGAGGAGGGCGGAGAUAUGGGUGGCACUGCUCAAGGACUUCGGCUACGCCUCAAUGCAGGGUUCAUGGUUACCUUGGUGA